UCUCCAGGCCUCCGUGGAAUGCUCCAACUUGAAAGCAUGAUAGCAACUAUGGUGAUUCGAAUUUGGCUUCGAGCUUUGACUCAACACUAUCCCUCGAAUCCAUACUGGGAGGGUCUCCAAGAGCUUUGUCGAGUCUCUCGUCACCGUAUCGGUCCCAACUACAUUUGGUCUCGAGUGAUGGUCGUCUUCACCUUCAAUCUUCUUCGGCCUCAUAUCAGUCAAGAUCUCUCCUCCCCUCCUUCCAUUCAUCUUGCCAACAUGGAUAAAGUUGCUGCCUUAGUCGAUGCACCUCCUUUUACUGCCUUUCAGCCUCUCAUGGGGCGUCAGCUUACAUCAAACCUGCCGCCGAAAGUUCUUGAGCUUUCUUGGUUCCGGCUGCUCAAUAUCUUCGAAAAUCCAGUUGACCUCUGCCACCCCUCUGAGAUUACUCAUACGGCUGUCUUUGAGUACUUCAGACAAUUGAAUUUAGCCUCAAGAUAUCGAUUAACAGCAGUCUUCCUUCCGGCAAUCUUCUUCCAUAUGAUGAGAAGCUUUUCCACAGUGGUAGAUAUCUUCUUGGGAAUAUCACCGUCUUUGGCUGGAAGUCUUUCCACCUUCAUUGGAGUUCCGCAAGAUCUUUUUGGCCCUCUAACAGAUGUUGCAGAGUACUUCCAGUACACUUCCGUCAGAUCUCCAGAUACUGUUAUAUGGGAAAAGCCUCGUGGAAGCAUUGACAACAAUACUUCUACCUCAGAUCUUCCAGUAAGGGCUGAUUCUGCACCUAUGGCUUCAACUGUCAGCGUUACUUCCUUGGCUAAUCUUGUGCGCAAUGCAGGUCUGUCAUCCAAUGUCGAUCCUCAAUCCCUGGCCGAAGCCUGGCUUCGACCUGAUUUACUAGUGACUUGCUUCUACAACAGACCAAAGGCAUCAUCUUUCAUCCAACUUCUGGGAUCCUGGCUAUUUGAAGCGGCUUCUGGGAAGAGUACAGUGUCGAAUGCCUCAGGAAAAAAGGGUGCGAUUGUGUCUGAGCGUGCACUGAAAGUGGACAAUAUUAGUUUUCAUGUUGGACGUGCAGAAGCGAUGGCCUGUCUAUGUCGAAUCUUCAUCUACGCUAGAAAAACCCAACUGACCUUCAGUGGACUUGCUCGUUUCUAUGUGUGCCUUGUCAAUGCCCUCACCGUCGAUGCUGAAGUUGAAUACGUUUUGUCAACUGUUCUCUUCCAUUCUCCGGAUCUGUUGCGAGCUGAUCUUCCUGGGUCUUUCUCGCUGCUUGCCGUGCCUUUAUUCAACGCUGCUCUGUGGAUUCUCAAGAAGCCCUCUAUUGUAUGUCCAGAAUACGUUUCCAUGGUGUUACUUCGAAGGGCUAGUCUACACCAACUUCUCUCCAUGACAUGUCUUCCCAAUCAUCUCAAAGGGGUUCAGUUCCAAGAUCUUUCCAGUCCUGGAUCGGUCGAGUUAGCAAGUCUCUCAACCCGUGACCUUCGAACUAAGCUGGCAGGACUUCUCUGUGAUUUUCUGGGCUAUGAAACGGACACGCAUAAUCUUCGAAUGCUUCUCAACAUCACCUUACAACCCAACUGCCACGGUUACUAA